UUAGAUACUUGUACAAUGGAAUUAAUUUUCUUCCAGCACACCCUCAUUGCUGCACCAAAUACUGGACUGAUUGACUCAGAAGUAAUGGUUGGAUCUAAUUCCCAAGUGCCAUUGUUGUAUCGAGGCACAGGGCUGAUCACAGAUGCUGACAACCCCUUGGUUCUACCAGUGUUGAGGGCUCCAUCUACUGCAUAUUGCUAUAAUCCUACACAAUCCAUCACUGACUACCCUCAUGCCACAGGUCAGAAUAUGCUGUUAGUUGCUGCUCUGCAAGCUCGCAACAAUGCAAGAGUGGUAGUUUCAGGCUCACUAGAGUUUUUCUCUGAUGCCUUCAUCAUGGCUUCUGUCCAGACACCACAGGGUAAAUUUUAUGAACGCUCUGGCAAUGGCAAAGUGGUAGAAGCUCUUAGUCGCUGGGUAUUCCGGGAGGAGGGUGUCCUGCGUGUCGUAUCUAUUGAACAUCACCUUCAGGGAGAUUCUCAACCUCCAGUUGCAUACACUAUCAAGGAAGAUGUGGAGUACAAAAUUAUGGUUGAGAGGCUUGUGAAUGGCUCAUGGAAACCAUUCAUGGCAGAUGAUGUGCAGAUGGAAUUUGUUCGCAUUGACCCAUUCAUCAGGUUGACCAUGACGCCCAGUACUGAAGGGGUUUUCUCAGUCAAGUUCACGGUACCUGAUGUCUAUGGUGUUUACCAGUUCAAGGUGGAGUACAAUCGUGUUGGUUUUACACGUCUUUUCAGUUCCACUCAGGUAUCAGUUCGACCAUUCACUCACCGAGAAUAUGAGAGAUUUAUUGAGUGUGCCUACCCAUAUUAUGCUAGUGCCUUCUCCAUGAUGUUUGGUGUAUGGUUAUUUUCCAUGGUUUUCUUGCACCACAAAGAACCUAUCCCCAAACGUAAGGCUGAAUAAGGUUGCUUGUUUGACCUAACAGAACUAGUUAACUUAACCAUUCCUGCUGUUUCUUUCAGCUGUUGUUUGUGUAGAAAAGAUACAUAAGAAGCAUAUUCAUAAAUUUACAUUUGGUAACUAGAGGAUUUUUCAUGAAUCUUAAUAUUGAUAUACUGUAUUUUGGAGCUUAAUGUAAAUAUAUUGAUGUAAUUUUCAAUAUAAUAUGAUCUUGUGUAA